CUUUUUCUUCUUUAUUCUUUUACAAUGUGCCAAUUCUGUGGGGUCGAUCCUGAAUUUGCCUCUUUUUUUGAUAAGGAUAGCGAAAAGUCUACAAUGGAAAACAAUAACCCAACUUCAGACGCACCUAAUUACUUUCGUUUGAAGCCUGAUCAUCCUCGAUAUACCAAAUUGACAACACCUCAACUCACAACAUUUGCUUCCAAAUUAUCUCCUCAAGCUCAAGUUUUACUUUCAUCUCAUCAAGGUGAUGAAUAUACAAAGGCUUCUCAACGGUGGUCAAAACAAGCUAUAAAAUCCGCGUUAGCCAUUGUUCGUGUGGCCACCCCUGAAGAUAUAUCCAAAACGAUUGUGAUGGCAACAAGUCAUAAAGUACCUUUUGUUGUUAAAUGUGGUGGACAUUCCCCUAGUGGUGCUUCCAGUAUAGAAAAUGGUAUUGUGAUUGAUCUCUCGUUAAUGCGGCAAGUCUCUGUCAAACCGGAUGAACAAGUGGUCAUUGCUGAUGGUGGUUGUCUUUAUGGUGAUAUCUGCAAAGCAUCAGCAGAGUAUGGCCUUGCAUGUGUUGGGGGAACCACCAGUCAUGUUGGUAUUGGAGGUCUUUCUCUAUCAGGUGGAUAUGGUUAUUUGACUGGCGAGCAUGGAUUGGCUGUAGAUAAUAUUAUCGGCGCUCAAGUUGUUACAGCAGAUGGGAAGAUUCUCUGGGUAAAUGAAAAGGACCAUUCAGAUCUGUUUUGGGGUCUCCGUGGAGCUGGUAAUCGAUUGGCAGUGGUGACUAAAUUUGUGUUCAAAGCGCAUCGUGUACCUUCUCAAAUCUGGGGUGGCUUGAUUCAGUUCAGUGGAUCUCAAGUUGAGCAAGUUGUAGAAGCGAUCAACUCAUGGUAUCAACAAAAGGAUGUCAAGGCAGCGGCAGGUGUGGCAUUUGGAUCAGUAGCGGAUGGCAAGACUGGAUUGACGGUUUUCCCUUUUUAUAACGGAUCACAAGCAGACGCUGAAACCAAUUUUACACCUCUUUUGGCUCUUUCUUCUCUUCAACGUGAUGUAUCUUCUAUGCCUUUUUGGAAAAUCAACACACUCGGUGACCAACCUGGUGCGUUUUCUGGUGCGUUUAUUGAAUUUGAUUCGGCAAAUGUAGCUCCUCCUCUGCAACCUCAACAUAUCAAGUCGAUGCUGGAUCAUCUGGAUCAGUUCACUACCAAAUUCGAUGGUGAUUGCAAUGCAGGUGCGUAUAUUUUAUUGAUCCAACCCGAUGGUAUCUCGAAACAUCAAACUGGCGAUAUGGCUUUCCCUUGGAGAAAUGAUCGGUUCGAUAUUGGGUUAUCAACAGCAUGGCAACAUCCAGAUCAAGCAGAACGAUGCACUACUUGGCUUCAUCAACACUUCCAACCCCUGGCAAACGCGCAAGGAGAUCAGGAUCGACUAUACAGUAACCAUUCCGACUUUAGGGGUCCAGGUACCAAUGAAUUCGGCUCAAACUAUACCAAGGUCAUGGAACUGAAAUCAAAAUGGGAUCCCAACAAUGUCUUCAAGAGUGUAUUGUAGCUUUUAAGUUUAGCGAUUUUUAUUAGAGUCUAUGAUAUUCUUUUUUUUUUUUUUUUU